ACCGUACUCCUAUCUCUUUGCUUCUGUGAAUCUUCUUUUGACCACUUUGCAUCCAACCGUGGCUACUCCCGCUAGGCAGCUACCAAACACCUAAUACUACGGAUUGAACGAGAAUAGCAAUUGGUGUAUGGGGUUUCCAGAAAGCAUCGUUAUUGCUUGUCCUAGUCAUGGCCCGCGCUCUCGCGCUCCUUGUUUUCCUUCCUUGCGUUUUAGCUUCAUCCGCAAGAUCACUUGUGGACUCGGACUGGACCUCUAUCGAAGCCAGUAACCUACAGCGAACACUGAGGGUUCGGGUAGCGGCAGUAAUAUGCUCCAGUUUUAGCGUAGUGGCCUCUUUGGUCGCCUUUUACUGGUUCUGUCGGAUGGAGAAACGGUUUCGCCAUCGGCUGAUCAUGCUGCUGAUAUACGGCGACCUGAUGAGAGCAACGUGGUUUUUUAUCUUUGCGGUUGUAGCAGUAGUGCGAGGUGCAGUCAGGACAGAAUCUGCUUUUUGCCAGUCGAGUGGCUUCUUCAUACAGUAUGGAACGGAGACAAGUGAUUAUGCUGUCCUUGUCAUAGCCGUCAACAGUGCUUUACAAGUGUUUCGGCCCAGCACACAAACUACCUCAGGGGGGCUCUACCCCUAUCAGCGCUACGUAUACGUUGGCGCGCUCCUCAUCCCGGUUUUGAUGUCAGGUCUGGCUUUUAUUGGCACACGCCAGGGUUAUCUGUCACAGGGAGCUUUCUGCACGCUUCCGAUUCGACCCAUCUGGUACAGACUGGCUCUUGCUUGGAUCCCACGAUAUCUGAUUGCACUUGUCAUCAUUUGCCUUGCGAUCGCCAUCUACGCUUAUGUUGGCUUUGAGUUUCGCGCUUAUUCGACCCUCAGUCAGAGCGUCGGAACCUCGAUGUCGUUGACUGCGACGAGUGUCCAACAGAGUGAGAAAGACCCAGACGUACAUGCCGAUGCAUCUAUGAUGGCAGAAGGAGAAUCGUUCCACGGGCGCAGAGUCUCAUCCAUUGCCAAAGAUAUAGUCUCAUCCCAACGCCGAGCGUCAUCCGUCUCAUUCACCUGUGAAGGACCCAGCUCAAAUCACGCAUCGUUCAAGCCCGGCGGUCGGACGCAAUCGCUCCCCAACAAUUCCAUCAACAUCUCGACGAGGUGUAAUGAUAGCACCUUACGCCCUCCACUUGCGGCAAUUCUAUCCGGCUCUACUUUUCAAUCGCCCGAUUCGAUCACAGAAGGACGCGUCGUACCCGCUCCUGGCGCCGUCAUCGACGCCAACCGCAGCCCUGUCCUUCAAGACCUCAACCCUCUUGAAGACAGGCAGUCGCGUUCUCCCUCUCCCUCUUCGCCCCCGGGUCAACGCCAUAUGAGUCGUCAGCUUGUAAACACCAAGAAAUUACACGCACGCGUCUACCGGCAACUACGGCUUAUGUUCAUCUACCCGCUUGCUUACACUCUCAUGUGGCUUGUGCCAUUCGCUCAGCAAUGUACAUUGUAUAAAUAUAAGUAUGCACAGCAUCCACUAUGGUUCCUAAGGUUGGGGGCCACGAUAUGCUUGUCAAGCAUGGGCUUUGUGGACUGCCUUAUUUUCUCGCUGAAGGAAAAGCCGUGGCGCAAGAUCCAAAAUAGUGAUGGCACGUUUUGGGGGAGCUUCGCCAUCUUUGCGCCUUGGCUAAUGAAAAACAAGCCGGUUAGUAAAGAUGUAGAGCACGGCGGUGGCGGCCCAUCGAAUGAAGGCAGCGGACGCCGAGGCAUAAGACUGAGAAGUAGUAUCCACACGAAUUCGACUAGUAAUGAUUAUGCACAGGUCGCAGCGGAGCAGGCUAGAGUGCGGCUGGAUCUUGAGAGAGACGAGAGGCUUGUGGCGCUGAGGGCCAGGAUAGCUAAGCGACGCGCUGAGAGUGCAUGGAGAGCAGACGACGAUGAUGAUGAUAGCGGGUCGAACUACGAGGACGGGAGUGGCAACCAGCAUCAACCAACGCCCAAGGAUGAGGAUCAACAGGGGAAAGGAAAGGCUGUGAAAGUUUGAUGUAGCUUCUAAUUCGUUAGCGGUGGUUACGCAUGUGCGAUGUCUUUGUGGCCUUCAUGUAUCA